AUGGCAGCCCCUGGACCCAAUGUCGAUACCCAUGUCGAUCCAGUCACCAAGCCUUUACCGCCAUCUCCUUAUGCUCUACCGAUAAGCGCCAUUCAUACCCCCUUCGACCCUAAUGGGAACCCGCUGCCGUUGCUGUUAACAUCAGACGAAACACAACCACUCGACCAUGUACGGGAAGAUCUUACAGUUACGGAAGAAAAAAACGUCAGCUCCAGCCCUACUGUGGCCGUGGUGGAUGUGAGCGAGCCCAAUGAGUGGGAUACUUUGGAUACGAUACACGACUUUCAAGAUGCCGUUGCACGUCAUCAGGCCCUGGAAAGUAGCAACCAUGUCUACCGGCAACCAACAGCAACACCAUGCGAGCCCCCAGCCAGUCAGCCCUCGAAACCGAACCGGCCGUUUCAAAAGUGGAUCAAGACUCUGCACAAACGAGCAGUUCGCCGUCAGGAAGCCAUGGGUAACGAGCAUGCUUCCACGUCUUACUACUUCAACCUCGAUGGGGCGGGCUCGACAGCCUGGGGACCCGGGCACUACCGACCGUCAUCUUCAACAUCCUCUUUUGGUUUCGUGACGGCCGUCAAAAGCGCCAGUAUAUCUCUGACUAGUGCCAGCACUAUUCUGACGCGCUCCCGGAGAAACACCGUUCGAUCAUCCCGUGGCCAGUCGAGGACAGAACGCAGCAGCAGAGCUUCUCUCUCCGGUGCGCGGCUUUCUGAGGAUAGUUAUUGUCCGGAGCGACAGCUGAUGGUGGAUCCUGCGGCUAUAGGGAGGUCGUUGCAGCGACGCCGGGUUCUGGAGGAGCUCAUCAACACGGAAGAGAGUUAUAUUGGAGAUGUGCGCUUCCUGAUGAAUGUUUAUGUUACCAUUCUUGCUUCGCUUCCUACUUUGCCAGCCAGCCUUCGCUCUUCUAUCAAUCAAAAUCUCAAUGACAUUGUUGAGCUGCAUGAGGAGAUGUUAGGCGACCUCCAUAGAGCUAUUCCUCACUCUGAGUAUACACAGCUCAAAUUCCCUCUGCAAGUUCCUUCGGCCGGCUCGGGGUUCCGUGGUCAUCAGCGAUGGAGAAGUCUGGAUGCAGUACCAGAAGACAAGGAUGGCAUCUCAUGGCUUCGUGAAGUUCCGGGCAUGCUUGCCGACCCCCAGGUUGCUGCUGAAGUUGCCAAGAUAUUCAGCAAGAAGAUGAACCGAUUUUUCAUCUAUGAAGAGUAUGGUGCCAAGUACGAGCUGAUGAUCAAAGAUGUUGCUUCUGCUCACAGGACAAUGCCUGCAUGGCAAUCAUAUCAAAAGGGCAUUGAGAUUCUGGCUUCCUCUCUUAGCUCGGCUAACAGUCAAGACGACAAACAGAGGAAAAGUCUCACAAUUGGGGAUCUGCUUAUGAAGCCAAUCCAGCGUGUGUGCAAAUACCCAUUGCUCUUCGCCGAGUUGCUAAAACACACCCCUGAGGCAGACUGCCCCUAUUCUCAUAUGGAAAUCGAAAACACGCUUAUCCGAUUGCGUGAGGCUACUGCCGAAAUCAACAAAGCUACGGAUGAUUCCAAAAUCAAGUCCACUCUGGAGAAAACAUGGAUCCUCCAAGACCGUCUGGUGUUUCCUAAUCAGCAACUGGAUGCAGCUUCAAAGAAUCGCAUUCGAUCAUUCGGCCACAUCCAAUUGUGCGGAGCUCUGCAUGCCUGUUGGCAGACAAAAGAAGGCGUUAACGGGCAGUACAUGGUUGCUCUACUGUACAAGGAAUGGUUCUGUCUAGCUACAGCUAGUAGGACUGACCAGAUAUACACGAUCCAAGCUUGCAUUGCUUUGAGCAACGUCAAGUUGGAAGAAGUGGACAACUGUCGAGGCCUUCAAUGUCACACCGCGCCACAUUCCUGGAAACUCGUGUUUCUCUGCGACCACCAGUUGUACGAGAUCAUCUUGACAGCAUGCACGCCGAAGGAGGAGAUGGAAUGGCGUACACGCCUCGGAAACCAACAGACCACCGAGGGCCAAGACCAGAUGCAACCGGCAACUUUUAGCUCGCUUUCUCUGAAUAUCAAGACUCUGGGAGCUGUUUUUAGAAAGCCAGGCACCAUUGCCAGGAAGAUAUCUAUACAUCGAGCGACCACCGUCGGGCCCAAGUCACCGUUAUGCCAAGUGAUACUUAAGAAUACAAGUGUCAUCAAGGAUGCACCCGCUUCGGGAACAAACUCCUCAAUCAGUCGAUCUCAGUCCCUUCUGACCACCAAUACCCGACUGCCAGUCCUUGCGCCAUCUCGUGAAGAACGGGCUCGACUCGAGACUCUGCUGUCAGAUGUCUGGACCCGGGAUAUCCUCCCCUUCCCCGGAAUAACGGCCCGAUCCCGAAGCGAGCAGCUAGUCCGAGCAUCCGCUUCAUCCAUGAUACGAAAGCUUAGUGUGGUGAGCAUUACGAGCAGCUUCACCAAACGCUCGGCCAGUUUGACCAGUCUCCCACGCAAAGGAGGGAGUGGCAGUAACUGCACAGAAGAGGAAACUUGUGUCGGCUCCACUGCCACCAAGGGCACAACAAGCCCCAAAGUCCUGAGCAGAGUCUGCCACAAGGCGGAGGAAACCAGCCGUUCUCUACUUUCCGUGAUUCCCGAUAAGAUCGAGAGACGUAGUCCUAUGCUUCGCAGCGCGUCUGACUCGGUGGGUAAAGAGAUGUUUAGUGUGGUACAUCAGCUAGACCGAGGUCGCAUUCGGUCAGAGAGCGAAAGUGAAGGGGCACAGAUGGUUCAUAAUGAUUUCUCAGGUAUUCUGCAACAAUCAUCGGGAAAUAGCUCGAGGGCGCCGAGCAUCCAGCAGUCGAAUCUCAGCAAGCAGACGACCAGGGAGAUGUCUUUCCGGAGAGGAAAGGAGAAUGAUGGCUCGGCUGGUGACGCGGCUAGUGUUAGAGGUAGCGGGAAUAGUAUAUUAUCCGGUGACUCUGAGUACAAGGGGUCGACGCCGAGGAAACUGAGGAAGAGGUCCAAGACGUCAACAUCAACCACGACGGGGAACAAGUGGGCAAAGGUAAACGUGCAUAGGGAGGUUAUGGUGCAAAGCUUGAGGAAUAUGUUUCGGUGA